AUACCUUUUACCAGGCUCUUACUUCUAGGGACUCUAUUUCGAUUGCACAAACUGACUGCUGAAUCGCGAAAGACUGCGCAACGUCUAUCUGGUAUUUAGUCAGUCUAUCGUGAUCAGCCGAGUCAGGGGUGAGGUGUGAUUGCUGUUAACGUAAUUUCAAGUCACUUCACGAGUCUUCCUCGUAUUUUUGUAACGCGAUCCAAAGAAAUUUGAGAAAGAUGCCACGACGUGGACGUGCUGCCGCUCCUCCUCCGAGAACUGUGAGACAGAGUUCACCCGUGGCCGCGCCAGCCCCGUCCCGAGUGCCAGCCCAUGCCUCGCCAACGUCACCAAUGGUGGCCCAGCCUCAGCAGCCGUCCCUCAUGGGCCAAAUGGCUGCCACUGCUGGUGGUGUCGCCAUCGGAUCUGCCGUGGGACAUACCCUCGGUCAUGCCAUGACAGGGCUCUUCAGUGGAGGCAGCGAGGCUGCUACUCCUGCUGCCGCAGAAGUACCACAAGCUGCUGCCCAAAACACUCCUGCGGCAUCAGCCGCUGGUGCCUGUUCCUGGGAGGUCAAGCAGUUCCUGGAAUGCGCUCAGAAUCAUGACUUGAGCCUCUGCGAGGGAUUCAAUGAAGCGCUCCGUCAAUGCAAGCUAGCAAACAAUAUCAUGUAAAUUGAAAUGCGGCGAAUCUAGAAAUGUCUAGGCGAAAUUGAAGUACAUGCUCUAUGAUCUGUAGACUGUUAACGAAAUUUCUGUUUAUUUUUACUGUUGUUACACAUUGUAGAAUAAAAUAGUCCUGGAUCAAUCCAUAAGAUAGUAAUAAAUUUGCUUCUUUAAAUUCUGUA